AUGAAUCCGGCUUAUUCUACAGCAAUUGUCGCAAUGUUAACCACAUGUUCGAACAUGCUGAAGUUGUUGCCACCGGGGAAUGCGACUCAAAUUCAUAUCAAACAUUUCAAAUUGGAGUCUAAUGUUGUCUAUGAAUACAAGUUUGAAAGUACAAAUCCGAAGGAUAUUGAUAAGUGGAAAGAAAGGUUUUUCAAUUUUUUGGUUUGUAAAGAAAGUUUUUGCCAUUUUUUGUUUUGUAAAGAAAAUUCUUACGUUUUUUUAAAUUGUUCUUUUAGCAAGGACGUCUAUACGAAGUUUUCAUCAUCUGACCAAGUGGCAUCAGUUCACAUCGACCAACAAGAAGUUGAUCAUCAAGUGAGCGAAGGUGGGUAUGUAGUCAAGUACGAUGGAACGUAAGUUUUAAUUUUGAUCAUUAUGGUCACCAUUUUCAAAAAUGGUAAGGAAAGUUUCUUUCGACUUUCAAAAUUUCUCUAAAAUGCUCUUUUUUACAUAGCUGUAAACAAAGUUAUUGCAGUUUUUUUAAAGUCAACUAAAAAUCGUAAAUUUUUAAAAAAUUUGUAAAGAAAGUUUCUUCCAAAACCCAAAAAGUUUUAAAAAUGCCAUUUUACAUCGCUGGAAACAAAGUUAUUGCCAAAAGUUUGAUUUCUGCACCGUGCAGCGCCAUUUGUCUUCUUUGCACAGUGCGAAAGCGCGGUCUCGUCCGAUCUGGCAAGUUAAGCAACGGUGCGCAUGAUUAUAAAAAGUUCGAAGAACAGCGGGUGGAAACAAAGUUUUUUGGGUUUUUAGGGUAUUGUAAAGAAAGUUUUUGCAAUUUUUUAAUUUUACGGUUACCAAAAACAUAAUUUUUCCUUUUUUAGAUAUUGCCAAUUGAACCAGAGAAAGCUGAUAAAUGAUUGUGAAAAAGAGCCAAAAGUCUUCAUUUUUGAUGGCAGUGCUCAAUUAGUGUUUCCGUGCCAGAAAGAUGGUGCUCAAUCUUGUGAUCUACAUCCCGGUAUUAAUCUGGAAAAGGAGGUUGUUACCUAUACAGCCGGUGGAAGGUGUGUUGAAGUGGAAUUGAUUAGUUGUAAGUUUGAAAAAAUUUGAUUUUUUUUUGGGUUGGAAAGGAAGUUUUUGCUAUUUUUUACUCUGUAAACAAAGUUCUUGCGCUUUUUGUUUUGUAAAGAAAGUUCUUGCCAUUUUUUAAAAAGGUGUUUUUUAGGUAAUAAACUUGUUAAAAAUGGCAAAAACUUUCUUUACAAAACUCAAAAUUGCAAGAACUUUCUUUACAAAUCUCAAAAUGGCAAGAACUUUCAUUACAAAACAAAAAAUGGCAAUAACUUUCUUUACAAUACAAAAAAUGGCAAGUACUUAAUUUACAUUUUAGCAGCCGAUUUAUGGUCAACCGACCCAUGCAAUGACCAUAUUAUUCAGAAACACUCGUCUGGUCGAACCAAUUUGUACUCGUUGAGGUACCUUAUGACCAUAUCCAACUGCCCAUUGGAUGGAAAUGAUGAUGACAUUGACAAUACUUAUGUUUGGCUGAGCUAUGAUGCAAAUAACUCUAAAUCGUAAGUUUUUUUAAUCUGAAAAUGAUUUUUCGAGUUGAAAAUGGCGAAAAAAGGAACUUUGGAAUUGCGCAGCUUGCGGGUGACAAGUUAUACGAUCAAUGUCGUUUUUUGUUUUGUAAAGAAAGUUCUGUACAUUUUUUGAUUUAUAGUGAAAUUUUUUGCCACGAUAAGCCUAAAAAAUAACUUUUUUUCAAAAAUUUUAUUUUGUAAGCAAAGUUGUUGCGUUUUUUUGAAAAUUUUUGUGAAUAUCCCGAUUUUUUAAAAACUUGUAAAGAAAGUUCUUGCAAAUACUCGAAAAAAAUUAAAAAUGGCAUUUUUUAUCAUUGUAAACAAAGUUAUUGCCAAAAUAUUGAUUUCUGCACCGUGCAGUGCCAUUUGUCUUCAUUGCACAGUGCGAAAGCGCGGUCCCGUCCGAUCUGGCAAGUUAAGCAACGGUGCGCUUGAUUAUUAAAAGUUCGAGGAACACCGGGUGGAAACAAAGUUUUUGGGUUAUUUAUAAUACUAGAAAGAACUUUGUUACAUUUUUAGAAGUUCAUUCGGCUCAACGGAAGUGCUUCUAUUGAUGGGUUUCUUUUUUGUUAUUAUGGUCGACGUUGCCAUUGGUAUGGCAGUUUCUGCGGUUUGGAAGGAUUUGGUAAGGUUUUUUUGGAUUGUAAGGAAAGUUCUUGCCAUUUUUCGUUUUGUAAAGAAAGUUCAUGUCAUUUUUUGUUUUGUAAAGAAAAUUAUUACAAUUUUUGGUUUUGUAAAGAAAGUUCUUGCCAUUUAUUGUUUUGUAAAGAAAGUUAUUACAAUUUUUUCAGAUAAAGCCUCUACCCUUCCAACAAGACCUGCGGCUGUCACGAAACAUUAAAGUCAAAAAGUCAUCGACCAGCCAGCAAACGGGAAGCGACCGGUCGUACGAAAAGGAGGAAAUGUCAUUCAAAGAAGAGAGCUCAAAACUAGACGACAAGAAGGAUGAAUAUAAAAAGAAAAAUGAACGAAAAGAAGAGAAGAAGGAAAAAGAAAAGCGGAAACCCAAGUCAAACAAGUCGAAUGAAGAGAGAAGCUCGACGAACAGAAAGAAGAGUGAUAAGAAGAAGGAGAAAGAAAAGAAGUCAGACAAGAAAUCAGACAAGAACUCUGAAGAUGAAGCCGAAAGAGAACAGAAAUCAAACCCAAAACGAGCCAAGAAAGCUCAUAAGUCCCUGGACAAGGACUCGAAACGAAAGAAAAACGAACAAAAAGGCAAAGAAAAGGAAAAGAAACAUGAGAAAGACAAGAAGCCUGACCAGAAACACAAGGAUAACAAGGAAAAACAGAAAGAAAUGAAGGAAAAGCACAAAGAACAAAAGGAAAAGAAGGAACAGAAAGAAAAGAAGGAACAAAAGAGCUCGGAAGUGGAAGGAACUCAAUUCAUGGACAGCUCGAACGCCCAAUCCAAGCAUGACAAACGAUUGAAAAUGACAAAACAAACCCAAGAAGCCACGGACGCACUGAACGACAUCAUGGGACCAGCGCCAAUACCAAUGCCUAUACCUGAUCAAUAUCAACAAGGGUUGAUUAAUACGGAGGUAGGUAAAGAAUAAUGCAGUUGGUAUGAUGGUUGAGGUAAUUUUGGCUGGGGGGAGGGGAUAAGUAUGGUUGGGCGGGGUAAGUCUUGCCCUGGAAUUUUUGUUGGGUGGGGUAAUUCUUGCCCUGAAAUUUUGGUUGGGCGGGGUAAAUUUUUAUGUUUGGGAGGGGAGGAGGGUCAAAAAUAAAGUAGCUGAUAUCAGGGAAGGGAUUUUAAGUUACAAAAAUUUUUUUUUGGGCGGUGUAAAUUUUUAUUUUUUUAUUUUAAGAGGAAGAGAGGGGGCGGAGGGUCAAAAAUAAGGUAGUUGGUACAAAGGAGGGGUGAUUUUAAGUUAAUUUUAAGAUUUUUUUGGGCGGGGUAAAUUUUUAUGUUUUUAUUUUAAGAGGGAGAGAGGGGGCAGAGGGUCAAAAAUAAGGUAGUUGGUACCAAGGAGGGGUGGUUUUAAGUUAAUUUUAAAAUUUUUUGGGUGGGGUAAAUUUUUAUUUUUUUUUAUUUUUGGGUGGGUUGUGAAAAAUUUAAAAAAAUAUCCGCUCAUGACUCUGUUUACUGUAAUUUUAACCCAAGAAAAACAAAUAUAUUUAAAUCUACUAUUUUAUAUUAGGAACGAUAUAAAAGUUUUGUCGUUUUUUAACACUAAAAACAAUAUAAAUUGACCACAAAACUUUUCUGCCACUUCAAUAAUCAUUUUUUCAGGAAGCAAAGAAAGAGACAGCCAAAUUGGACAAGAAUAAGGAAAUGACUGUAAGUUUUGUGUUAAAAACGUCAUUUAAAAAUUUUUUUUUAUUUUAAAAUGUUCAUUUUUCAGGCCGAACAAAAUUGA